AUGAGUAGAUCUCGUUCACCUAAAUAUCGUCAAUCUAGACGAGAACAUUCUCCGGAUGAUAUGAUUGAUCAAUUGAAUAUUCGUUCUCGAACUUGUUAUUCAUUUGCUCCAUCACAACGGAAGGAUAAUGGACACGAAGAUAAUUGUGAAUGUAGACGCCCUCAGGACGAACAUUCAGAUAAAAACCAAAUAGGAAAUUCACGAUGGACCAUGGAAUUAAAUACUCGAGAAGAAAUUAAUGCUGAACACGGUCAACUUCCGAAUGGUGCACAGUUUGUUCGAUUAGCUUUGGAUACACCGAAAGAAAAAGCUGAAAAAAUUCUUCUCCAUGCUUGGAAACUUCCAGAACCUUCAUUUAUUGUGUCAGUUGUUGGUGGUGCAAAACAUUUUAAAAUGACUGAUCAACUUGAAACAAAUUUUAUAAAUGGUCUUAUUGAUCUAGUUAACAAAUCAGAUGCAUGGCUAGUUACAAAUGGAUAUGCUACUGGUAUAGUACGACUGGUUGGAGAAGCAAUUCAUCAAUUUGAAUUAUCAAGAUUCAAUGAAAAUCCCAUCACUGCUAUUGGUAUUUGUAAAUGGGGUUGUAUAAUGGAUGUAGACAAAAUAACGCUUCCAAUGGAUGAAGAAACACAGCAGAUAACUACUCAUACAUUGGAUGUUACUCCCAAUAAUAGAUUAAAACAACGUCGUUCUGGUGAAUGGGAUCUUGAAAUGCAUCAUAGUCAUUAUCUUAUGUUAGAUGAUGGUACUACUCGCAACUAUGAUACACAACAUUAUCGAACACAUCUAGUCACUCAUAUGGCAAAAAUAAACAAUGAACAUGAUUUUUUCGUACCUGUGGUUACUAUUAUGGUUGAAGGUGGUCUAGAUUCAAUAGAAAAUAUAUAUUAUGAUUUAAGAUCCAAUAUUCCUGUUAUUAUUAUUGAUGGUAGUGGUCGUGCUGCUGAUUUUUUUACUCGUUGGUUACUAUGGACGAAGGAUCUUGAUAAUGAUGUUGAAAAUCAAGAUAUCGUCUGUCAAAUUGAAGAACUGGAUGAUGAAGAUGACAUAAAACAAUUUACUAAAGUUAUGUAUUGUCUACAACCAGCUGUUCGUUUUCAUUUAACUGUAUUCAAUUUAAAUUCCGACACUGAUUUAUCAGAAACAAUUUUCCGCAGUAUUUGUCGCUCACGUCAAAGAUUCAUAAAAAUGAAAGAACAAGAAACUAAUGAGACACUGGAAAUGCGUAGAAGAAGAUUAGCAAAAUUAAAUUCUGGCAAACAAAGAACUGAUGAUCUAGCAGAUCGUUCUAAGAUUAUGAAAAAGGAUCAAGUUGCAGAACAAACAAGACUACUUGAUUUAGCAAUGAAAUGGGAUUGUAUUACCGUUGCAAGAGAAUUUAUAUUUCAAAACUCAUUAGAUAAUAUUUUGGGAAAAGAUAAAUAUUUUAUAAAAGCUUUGAAAGAAAAUUUACCAAACUUUGUCUAUGAAUUUCUUAAAUUAGGAAUUGAUCCAGCUAAUGUAUUCUUUUCAAAAAAACGACAUUCAGAAACAAAAUCUCGAUAUGCCAGAUUUAUCAAAGAGCUUUAUGAUAAUAAGUUAAUGGAUAUCGGUAAAACUCAUUUAAAAAAAUUUAUUCAAAUUAGUAAGCAUGAUACUAGCAGAAUAAUUAAUGAUGUUGAAUCACUUAAUUUGCUUCUGAAGCAUCUUAUUGGUGCUUAUAUGUAUGAACUUUAUUUUGACACACUAGAAGACGAACACAAUUAUCAAAAAAAAUGGGGAUUAAUAGAGGAUUCUGGAACAUUAAAGCAAGAUGAAAAUGAAAAUACUAUAAACGAAACACAUUUAUUACUGAAGCCAGAAGAAAAAAAAGACUAUAAAUAUAUAAUGCGUGAUUUAUUUUUAUGGGCUGUUCUUAUGAAUCGUAUUGAGAUGGCCAAAGUUUUUUUAUCUUUUAUGAAAAAUCGAAUCUGUCCAGCAUUGAUUGCAACAAAAAUUUUAAAACAAUAUCAUUCAGUAGCAACCUAUGGUGAUUUAAAAAAGGCUUAUAUAAAGGAUGCAACAUAUUUUGAAAAAUAUGCCAUUACUUGUCUAGAUAAAUGUCAUGAUCAUGAUGUUCAUAAAUCAUGCGAAAUAAUUUUACGACAAAAUGAACUUUACGGAUAUGUUACUUGUCUUCAAAUAGCUUCUGACGCGCAAGAUAAAUUAUUUAUUGCAGAACCAGCUAGUAUAGAAGCUAUGAAUAAUAUUUGGUAUGAUAAACUUCAUCCGGAACAAGCAAGUUAUCGUCAUCGAUUGGCUUUGUUUUUUGGAAUUGUUUCACUUGGCCUUUUGGCUCCUGUAUUUGUUAAAUACAGAGAAAGCAAAGAGGCACGAAAAAGAAAGGAAGCUGUAUCAGAAAAGUUUCGAGAUAAUGGUAUUAAUUAUGGUGAUCCUAAACUGCUGGAAUAUCCACUCAUUCUUAGAUCACAAACAGAUAGUGCACCCAUUCUUUACCUGCGGAAACUGGCCAAAUUUCAUCGCUCGUUACCUAUGAAAUUUUGUUAUCAUGUGUUUUUCACUCAAGACAGUUUAACCUUUGAAGGAAAAUUAGAAAGUUACAGGCGUGAUUAUUUUAAGCCCAUGACAAUACUUGCAAUUAUUCUUUUCUACAUUGGUUUAAUUCUAAGAUUUGCGAAUGCAGGUUCCGAAGAUAAAUUUAUGGCAGCCAGAAUUGUGAUGGCUAUCGAUCUCGAAAUUUGGUGGCUUCGUUGUUUAUCAUUCAUUAUUGUUAUACCAUAUCUUGGACCACAUCUGGUAGCUAUUUGGAAAAUGAUUCAAGAUCUUUUAUUUUUUAUGGUUAUUAUUGCAGUAGUGAUGAUUGGUUAUGGUGUUGCAUCUCGUUCAAUGGUUUAUUAUCCAAGAGCGAACAAUUUUACAAUGGAAACAGGUGGUUCUAUAGAUAAUAGUUUUGAUGGUAGAAGUGUUUUUCGUCAUAUUAUAUAUCCUGUCUAUUAUUUCUUAUACGGAGAUUUUGGUGACGAAUUAACGAAUCUUGAUAGUAACCCGGAGGCUGGAUGGUCAAUUGCAGAUCAUGUAUUACUUGCUAUUCAUAUGAUAUUUGUGAAUAUUUUAUUAACUAAUUUACUUAUAGCCAUGUUUACUAAACGAUUUGACAAAGUCUAUGAAGAUACACGAAAUAUUUGGCAUUCACAACAAUAUUUAUUUACGCGUGAAUACUUCUCACGUUCACCAUUUUUACCACCAAUAAGUCUUUUGUAUGAUAUUUAUUAUUUGGCUCGUAUGUUUUUCUUCUAUAUAAGACGAAAACAUUUUCAAAAAUCAGCAGAUCGAGAUUCUCGCGUAUUCAAAAUUAUUUCCAAAAAGAAGCACACUAUAAAAGAAUGGAAUGAUUUUGAAGAUGCAUUCACAUCUGAAUAUGCUCACGACGAAGUAAAAGCCUUGAACAAUGCAUCUAUAAAAUCAAAAUCUGGAUCGGAUUCAGAUAAUAAAGAGAACAAAGACGAUAUGAUGAAAGAUCAUAGUGGUUUAACUGAUGCUAACAAUAAUCUGAAACAAGUACAAAAUGAUUUAAACAAGUUGAAAGUGCUUGUUGAAGGACUGAACAAAGAAUUGAAUGACGAAAUUGAAAAAAAAAUUAGUCAAAACGGAGAUCCAACUAAUCCAUGA